AUGCGAUCAUGUGAUUUCAAUGAUAGUAUCAAAAGGCGGCAAAUCAACUUACAGAAGGGUAAACAGCUGCUUAGAGAAGGCAAAUUGUCAGAAGCUAGAGAAUGUUUUACACGUUCCGUUAAUAUAACCAGUUCAAUGGCACAUGAUGUUAUUAAAGCUGCCCGUUCUGAAGGAAUAGAUUGCAUCGUUGCUCCGUAUGAAGCAGAUUCUGAACUGGCCUACUUGAAUAAGAAUGGAAUUGCGCAAGCUAUAAUAACAGAAGACUCUGACCUUUUGGCUUUUGGUUGCAAAAAGGUCAUUUUAAAAAUGGACAAGUUUGGGCAUGGCCUUGAAAUUGAUCAAGCUCGACUGGGAAUGUGCAAACACCUUGCUGAUUCAUUCACAGAGGAAAAAUUCCGUUAUAUGUGUAUUCUCUCAGGCUGUGAUUAUCUACCAUCUAUUCAUGGCAUUGGACUUGUGAAAGCUUGUAAACUGCUUAAAAUAUCAAACAACCCAGAUAUUUUGAAGGUAAUCCAAAAAAUUGGAACAUAUUUGAAAAUGAACAUAACAUUGCCUGAAGGAUAUAUAGAAGGAUUUAUUCGAGCUAAUAAUACAUUUCUUUACCAAUUGGUCUUUGAUCCAGUAAAAAGAAAAUUAGUUCCUUUAAACCCAUAUGAAGAUGGAAUGGAUCCUACAGAAUUAAAAUAUGCUGGGCCGUACAUAGAUGAUUCUGUUGCUUUUCAAAUUGCUAUUGGAAAUAGAGACAUCCAUACUAUGCAGCAAAUUGAUGACUACAGUCCCGAUACCAAGCCUUCUAAGCUUAAGAGUCAGGGUUGGAAUGAUCAACAGUCAAACCUGAAGACUUCACAGUCUGCUAGCAUUUGGAAUACUAACUAUACUCCGUCAAAAAAUAAGGGAAUUGUUAACCAACCUUUAAAAACUGAGGAAAAGAAGAGCCGUAGAGGACUAGUAACACCAUGCAUCAAAUCUAUGAAAAGGCAUCAAGAAGAUGGAAUUUCUGAAGUUGACCUUCUUAGUCAAUAUACGAGUCCUAAAGCUAAAAAAUCUAGAAAAGACAGUGAAGAUAAUUUAAUGGAAGUAAAGUCCUUUAAUCUAACCACUGCUUUAAAAUCUGAUAAAGAUUGCCAAAGUGAACCAGUUUCAAAACCCAAGAGCAGAAACAAAUUUUCCACCUUUUUACAAAGAAGAAAUGAGAAUUCUGGAAUGGUUUCUGAUUCUGGGACUCGAAGUAGGUUUUUUUGCACAGCUACCGAUUCAUCCUGUAACUCUUCAAUUGAUCGAAUAGAAAAAUUGGAAGAGAAUGGCACAGCAAAUGAUAGUGACCUGCAAAAGGAUAUAAACCAGAGUAAUAAUUUAACUGCAACCUCCUUCAAAGAAGAAGAGAGAACUUCCCCUUUGUCUCCUCAUUCAAGUGAUUUUGGUGUGAAAAAUGAGGAAGGAUCUCCUUUCCAGAAUCAAAGACGUUGUUUUAGUUGGUCUAAAAGUCUUCAUAGUGGACCGUCAAGGACUCAAAAUAUUUCAGAAUCUCUCCAAAGGUUUCACAGAAUUCAGCCUUUUCAGAAACCAAAUACUGAUAAUCAAGUAAAAACUCAUAUGACUAAUUGCAAACCUAAUUAUGGCUUGUCAGAUGAUUCAACUGCAUCUCUUACCAAAGAAGAUAACUUGGAUGAAUUGGAAAAUAAUACCUCUGAGCUUGAGGAGCCUGGUACUUUUUGUUUCACUGCUGUGAAGACCUCUCCAGUUCAACAGUCUGCAAGACAGAACAUUAAUGCAAAACACAAGGUACCUGGAUUACAUAAAUCAAAGUCUUUGGGUUCAAGUCUAAAAGCUAAAACAAAGCCAUUAGCACCUGCCAAAGUUAGUGGUUUAACAGGCAAAGGUCUUAAAAAAGAUGCUCAAUUAAAUGAGAACAAAUCAGGACUUCAAGCCACAAUUAAUGACCUUUGGAAAAGUUUUGCAUUUAAAAAGUGUGAGCCAGCUGUGAUCUGAAUUACAUGAAAUGAAUUUCAACUAAUCAUUUGCCAUGAAGAAAAACUUGCGUUGGAAAUAAACUGUCCAAGGAUGAUGUUGUAAGAUUAAAAGUCGUGGCACCCUGAAACUUUAAGAAAUUACCGGCAAAAUAGAUUAGUCAAUCACUAACCUGUUUGAAGUGAAACCAUGUUGAAUCAAAUUGAGGUUAGACAGUUAGACACUUUGGUCAUGAGAUGCUGCUUGCCUGGUUGCAAGGAAUUCAGUGCUAAAUGGAAUUGAAACAGCCACACAUUUACGGAUUCCUUUUAAAUGUAUAAUUUUGAGUUUUAUAUUUGUACAUUUUUAAACAGUUAUUUGUAUUAAAACUUCAGUACUUUG